AUUUUGGGACAAGUGGCUCUUGGCCUCAGCUCGCAAGAAACAAUAAAGUUGGCAGGCUUUGCAUAGGCUGACAUGGGUAGACAAUUACGCGAGCGACGAGAUCGCGAUGAGCUGCGAGUCGCCUUCAUCAUGCAUUCGGACAUCAAUUGCCACCGGAGCUGGCUGAUGCUCGCGGUGCACCUUUGACGGACGCGUUCAGUGACGCCAGUUUGCUGCACCUGACCUGCAAGCAGGUUCUGGGGUGUUACAUACACAGUCGCGGGGAAGCUUGAAUGCAUCAGCCAAUCUUGUCUGUAAGAUGGCAGGGAGCGUUGACGCGGGAGUGAGGCUCAGUAGUCCUGCAACCAAACCCAUGUCCUGCGGGGAUAUGACUUCGUGUACGCUGUUCCGGAGUACGGACAAUUUGGUGGUCGUAAUCGACAUACCACGAUCAAUCGAAGAAGCUCAAGUUCUACCUGGGGAAUUGCCAGCCAGGAGGCUCAUCUCUUCUCGGCCUCCGCAUACACCAUGGCAGACUGCGACACCCAAGAAGCUGCAGCAUACAGACGUUCCGAAACCAGCAUCAGCGAUUAUUGGCGAGCUAAUGGUUCUCGAAAGAGUAAAAGGCGCCUUGGAGCAAGUCGCAGAGCUCUAUUCUGGCCCAUGGUGUAUGCCACGAAUAUACGAGGCUAAAGAAUGUCAGUCUCCGUCUGGGAAACCUCGGAAGAGAAAGAGACCGGCAUCAGAGACUACGGCCCGGAAUGUCGCCGACACCAAGGUUUCGCCAUAUCUACCAACUAAAUCACACCACCUCCUUGGUACUGUCAAAUCCUUGCGAGACACCUUUUUAGCCACCGCGCCAACAUUCGACGUCAUGGUCAUCGAUCCGCCGUGGCCGAGUAGAUCCGUGAAAAGGAAGAAGGAUGGCUACACGAUCGCGUAUAGCAUGGAGGAUGCCGGGCGUCUACUUUCCAUGAUACCCGUGGCUUCGCACCUGGCGCCCACAGGACUGGUGGCCGUCUGGGUUACUAACAAGCCAGCUACCGUAGAGCUUCUCACAUCCCCGAGGGGCAUAUUCUCCCAAUGGGGCCUGGAACUCGUCUGUGAAUGGGUCUGGGUGAAGGUUACGAGCUCCGGUGUGCCCAUCAUUGAUAUUAAUUCAACGUGGAGGAAGCCCUGGGAACGGCUAUUGAUCGCGAGAAAGGGCGGCCAUCCAAACCUGUCCCUGCAACCCAAGAUCAUACUGGGCGUCCCAGAUCUUCACUCGAGGAAACCGAACUUGAGAAGUCUCUUUGAUGAGAUCAUUCCAUCCGGAUACCGAGGUCUCGAAGUGUUUGCCAGAAAUUCAACUGCAGGAUGGUGGAGCUGGGGGGAUCAAGCUCUUGUAUUCCAGGAAAGACACCAUUGGGUUCACAAGGGCGAGCCUGAGGGCUUUGACGGAGCGUCAAUGGUAGCAGAACCCCAAUCUAACAACUCCUGAUAUUUUCAGC